GGAAUGAUGGGGUUUGAUUCGAAUUCCGGAGGAUUUAAACCGCUGUUAGAAUUGUAGAGAGGGGGGCGUGUAACGGCCGCCCAACCCCCAAACAGGUCACAUAUGAAACAGAUUUACCAAAACAUCAAAUUAUGCAGAAAUUCUCCAAGAGAAAUAGUAAUUCACCUGUUGCCGGUAAAGAACUGAACUCUGUUUGUCCUGAUAAGAAGAAAGAAAAUAAAGACAAUUUUGUUGAAAUAUUACCUCCAGAAGUCACUUUUAAAAUUUUUAGCCAACUCGACAUUCAGAGUUUAUGCCGGGCUGCAACAACAUGCAAGAGUUGGAAUCAAGCAAUCAAGAAUUGUGACUACUUAUGGAAACCCCACUGUUUGACUGUUCGAGCUAUAUGUCAAAAAGAGAUAGAUGGUGAUCGAGGAAAUGGAUAUUCGUGGAGGGUAACACUACUGAGGAACUAUUGGAAGAGUAAGGUAAAGCAUGAAUGGCUAAGUGGCAGAUACAGCAACAUUUGCUCUUCCAUUAGCCUACCAGAAAAAAAUAUGUGCCCUAUGGAUGCAGAUACCUGGGGGGAGAUUCUAGAAGCAGAACUUGAAAGAUAAACUGAAAAAUCCAGAAGUCUUGACUUUGAAGAGUUGAAAGCAAACAUUGUUAUGGUGCAAAUACUCUGUACUUUUGUUUACUCAUUGUUCAUUGUUUUAUUUGUGAACUUUUAAAAGGACAUUAUAUGAAAUAUAAAUCUUUAUUUUGCACUUUACCCCUUUCCCCCCAACAUUUUUAUUUGAUAUUUUUAUUAUAAGAAUGAAAAUUCCAGUGAUGCUAUUUUUAAAAGACAUACUGAACUGCUGAAUUGGUUUCAAGAUUUGUGUAAUAUUGGUUUUUAUAAUAUGCUAUAUAUUAUUGUGAAAUAAUAGAAAUAGGCUUGAAUAAGUUGUUGUUUCUAGAAUAUUUUAAAUGAAAGUUCAGUAUCUUUAGGAAGAAAAUUUGUUCCAAAUAGAGUACUCUUAAAUUGUGUUCUAUGACAUGUAAAAAAAAAAUAGAUUUAAGUAACAAACAGCUAUUUGAGAAAAUGUCCCCAACCAUAAGCAAGCUUCCUUCUCUAACUAGAGGUGUUUAUAUGUUAUGACAGCAAACAGAUCUGACCAAAUAAAGAGAGGGUAUUAAAGCACUUGGAAGUAUUAUAUACACAGCUGUAAGGUAUUUUUAUUGCCCCAUAUUUGUACCUUCAAUGUGUGCCUUCAUGUGAAAUUUUUUUCCAGUUUCUUUAGAUUUUUUUACAUAUAUAUUAGUAUGCUGGUUUACAUUAUAUCCUUUAUUAUUUACACUGUUUCUUUGUUUUCCAUUCCUUCUAUUUCAAUAUUAUUUCUAGUGUAAUUGUCUCCUUUAACACAUGAGGAAACUGAGGUCCAGAGAGGUGAGUGCCCUGCCCAGGGUUUGACAGGUAAUAAAAAUCAAAGUUGAGAUUCUAAAGGCAAGUCAAGAGGGCAAAGAGGAUGUCAAGAUGACUCUUCUCUCCUGGCUCCACUCCCAACUCUCUGGGUUUUCCCAGUUUCUCUCCUCUCCAUAAACCCCCUCCACUUAUUAGAAUCUAAGCUUCUGCAGAAUGAGGACUACCUUUUCCCCCUUGUGUUUGUAUUCCUAGCACUUAGCACAGUGCCUCAUGCCUAGUAAGUGCUUAAAAAAUGAAUUACCUAUCUAUAAAUCAUUAUGAGGCAGCAUAACUGGCACAAUGAGUAGAACACUGGACCAGGAAUUAGGAAGACUUGAGUUCAAAU